AUAUAGAUGUACUACAGAAAAGCAUAUCCAUAUGCCAUUGUAUACGGUUCGCUAGAUCGAAGGAUACUGUUUGCGGGAGCAAACCAAGAUACUGUUCGCACAACGGAAAAAUCGCUACCGAAACUGGGUUCGGAAUUUUUGCGAUGUUUCUGUCUCCGCUUCACAGCGCGCCGCUCGCUCGGCGCUCGUUGUCCGCCGCCGAUGCGGCAGCCGUGAGAUCGCAGUAGCGCGAUGCGCCACUCAGCUCCCGCGGCUGCGCCCCCGUCUGUUCCUCCUCGCCCCGCCGCCAUGUGGCAGUCACUGGCGCGUUCGUCGCUGGGUGCGCGGCGGCGCGGCGUGGGAAAGGCGGUGCUGGGGGCGGCGUGGGUGGCGUUGUGGGUGGGGCUGUGCGCGUGGGUGGUGUGGUUCGCGCACCGGCAGGCGGCCAGCCCGCGACAAGAGGCUAUCCGCGUGUGGUGUCGCACGCGCGUGCGAUACCUCCACCAGGACAUGCGAUCCGCCAUCGCGCGCGCCCAGGAGUCCACUGGGCUGAUGAAGGUGUUUGGCAGGUUCGGUCCGCGCAGCAGCAGCAGCCUGCAGUACUGGGGCGUGGCGGGGUGCGUCAACAACGCGACUCUCCUGAAGUACACAGUGCGGGCGGACCAAAUCGCCAACUACAGCAGCAGCACCGUCGUGAUGGUGCUCAACGGACAAGACAGGGCCACAGCAGAGGCGAUCACGGGCUACCAGGUGCACUCAGUGCUGGGGCUGCCCGCGCCCAGGAAGCGGCUGUACGCCGUCAACCUCUGCGGCAGCACGGAGCAGGGCUUCUACCUGCCGCCCUUCACCGACUUCGCCCCUCUCGUUCCGCCGCACAUCCUUGCAAGCCUGCUCGCUGGGAAGCCCAGUGCUGGCCCCCCACUUUCCCUCGGCCCCGGCUAUGUGGCAAGUGUGUUUGUCAUCCCCAUCUUGCGCCACCCGCUGCCGCCCAGCGCAUCCCCGGAGCAGAUCAGGGAGAGCAUUAGCACGGGAUGGGCGGCUGUGAUUCACCUCGAGUGGAGGGCCCGAGACAUACUCAACAUGCUGGAAAACGGCAGCACCGCAUAUUCCUUUGAGUUGUACGACAGCACACAGCCAGGCGAGCUCGUUCAGAUUUUUGGCCCGCAGCAGCCGCGCCUGGAGCGGGGGGCUGUGUUUCCGUUCGUGCUGCCGGUGGCGGUGGUGCCGCCCAGCGACCACGUGGAGCCCUUUCCUGAGGGGCUCUUUGGCCGCACCUACCAGGCGCACUGCAGCUUCCAGGGCGCCUACCCCAGGUGGGACCUGGUGUACGCGCCCAUGCUGCUGGGGCUGCUGGUGCUGCUGCUGGCUCUGCUGCUGUCGACUCUGAUUGCGGUGCUGGCGUGGAAGCGGCGGCGCAUGGCGGAGGGCGUGCGGGAGAUGGCGCUGUGCACGGCGGCGCUGGAGCGAGCUGAGCGCAACAAGAGUGAGACGGUGGCCAACCUCUCGCACGAGCUGCGCACGCCCAUCGUUGGCAUGAUAGGGAUGAUCGACGUGCUGCUGGAGUCGGCGUUGGAGGAGUGGCAGCGCGCGGACCUGAGGGAUGCGAGUGCGUGUGCGGGCGAGACGGUGCACCUCAUCAACCGCGUGCUCGACCUCGCCAAGCUGCAGGCCGGCCGCCUGCAGCUCGAGGAUCUGCCUUGCUGCCUUGCCAGCAUUGCUGAAGAAGCAGUUGCACUGGCGGCACAAGAUGCAUUUGGAAAGGGGAUUACAGUGACAUGCCACGUGGACCAAAGCGUUCCGCCAGUUCUGAUAGGCGAUCCAACCCGGCUGCUGCAAGUCGUGGGCGAGCUGGCGGCCCACGCUGUGAGCAACACCCCGGUGGGCCAUGUGACUUUCCGUCUCUGGUGCAUCGCCCCUCAUUCCCAAGCCCCCACCACUUCACCUUCCCAAGACCAGGCUGUUGCCACCCCUUCCCCUGCCUGCCAUUCCUCCGCUGCAUCACAAGCAUCUGCAGCCCCUCAGUCCCCCCCGGCCCCAUCACCAUGGCAUCAGCUGGCGGCCUGUGCGCGCCGCUUCCCUCCACCCACCCGCCUGGCAUGCGGCCCUCAGCCUCUUGCAAAGAGUCGGGGGGGUUGCAAUGGCAGAUUGGACAGUGAGGGCGGGAGGGAGGGGGGAGGGGGGCAUGUGAGGGGCAGAGGGGCGCGUGGAGGGACGUGGGGUGGAGGUACAGGGCGGCAGGGGGAGAGGUCCGGCUCAGGGGGGAGGGCCAGCUUGGGGGAGAGGGCCGGCUUGGGGGAGAGGGUGAUGAGGCGUGGGAAGUCGGGGGUGGACCAUGGGGGUGCUGCGACAGGCGUGGGGGCGAGAGGGGCGGGGGCAACAUGUAUGGUUGAGCCACAAAACUCUAGUGUGGAGAUUGCAGAGACGGAUGAGAUGCAACAAGGUAUCCUGCAGCAAGGGCGGCAUGAUGCAAGGUCGGGCGAUGCGAGCACGGGAGAUGCAAGCACAAGAGAUGCAGGCACACGAGAUGCAGGCACAAGAGAUGCAGGCACAAGAGAUGCAGGCACAAGAGGUGCAGGCACUUCAGUGGAGGAGCAGGGUGGCGGUGGGCGGUUGGAGAGGGAAGUGGCGGCAUGGGUGGAAGGGGCGUGCAGGGCGAGAGGCGAGGGCGAGUGGAUGGUGGUGAUGGCAUGUGAGGACACGAGCGGUGGUAUACCACCAGCCGAGAUGCGGUGGGUGCUGGACCCACACGGCCACUCGCCCCACCCAAAACACACCUCUUCUGAUGCUGCUGUUGCUGACACAGUUGGUGGUGGUGGUUGUGGUGGUGGUGGUGGUGGGCAGGGUGAAAGAGGCAGCAGCAAGAAGCGACGGAGCAUCAUGCAGCCACACCCAGCGGCCCCGCUGACUCACGAUCAGAGGGCAGCUGCCCGCCCUGCAUGGACGCCCUACCCGCUCCGCUUCCUCCUCUCCACCUCCCUUGUGGCUGAGAUGCGGGGGGCCAUGGCAGCUCUCUCACAUGCCGCCACGGGCACCACCAUUCUGCUCGCACUGCCCAUGGGGGGCGGUGAGGGCGCUGCCAGCAGGUGGGAUGGGGAGGGGGAUAAGGGUGGGGAGGGGGUGGUGGCAGCGGUGCAGGCAGGGCAGCAGGUGGCGGGGUCUAGUGGCCUUGGCGGAUGCACGCCUUGUCAUGCCGCUGCUGCGGUGGAGCCAGCAGCUCUGCAGCAACACGUAACACCGGAGCAGUCUCUCUUCCUACGGGGGGGCAGCGUGGGUGGCUGCGAGAGGAGUGGCACCGGGGCCGCGGAGAGCGCGGAGGCGGCGGUGCGGGGUGUGAUGGCGGGGCUGUGGGUGGCGGUGGUGGAUGACAACGCGGUGAACCGCAUGGUGGCGCGCAGAACGCUGCAGGGCUACGGGGCACACGUGCUGCUGCUACAGUCAGGGGAGGACGCCCUCCACGCGCUCUCCACCCGUGCUCCCUCCCCGCCCCUCCACCUGCUGCUGCUGGACCUCCACAUGCCGCCCGGCAUCGAUGGAUUCGAAACGGCUCGUCGAAUUCGUGGCAUGGAGAGAACACAGCAGGUGCCGAACACGGUAGAGCCAACAGCAGCUGCUGGGCUGGAGAACCAAGGCACGGAGGUAGGAGCGAGGCGGAAGGGCCUUUGCAUCAUAGCGUUGACUGCAGACUUGGAUGUGGGAGUGAAGAAGGCGUGCCUGGAGGCGGGGAUGGAUGGAGCAGUGAGAAAGCCGAUAGUGGCACACGAGCUGCUUGCAGCACUCACAGGCGCUGGAUUUGGAGUUGCGCCUAUGAAACAGGGCUUGUUCUAUCACAUUCAAUCACUCUGAUUUUCUAAUAAUCAGUCACCCUAAUG